UAGUUGACACAGAAUAUGUUGAAUCGAUACCAGAAUUGUCUGCAAAAACUAAUAUAAUUCUGUCAUUUAUAACAACAAGUGGUUGACAUAAAAGUUUGCAUUCAAUGACAAACAGUGUUACCAUUGAUUCAGUUAUUAUAAUGUUUAUGAAUUAUCUGCUAAAUAAAGUUACGGUCACUUCAAUGGCAUCAUCUAAUAGAGCAAAGUUUGCUAUCAAAAGUUAUAGCGUUGAACAUGGAUACCCAUCUCGUCGUCGGUCACUUGUAGGGGACGCCAAGUUUGAGACCGUUAAGAAUAAAGAAGCGAAACUCAAUUGGCUGGAAGAGAGUCGACACGGAUCUCAAGAUAAUCAACUCUCUGAAGAAGAGGUACUUAUUGUUAGUGAAACUACUGAAAGUGAUGACUUAUCCACACCUAAGACAUCAAAUAUAUUAAUUAAUUUAAAAGACGGCGGUUUUUCUAAUUUGCCUAAAAUUAUCAGAAUUAUUGAGGCUUGUAAAGGAAAUGUAGAUCACUUGGAAAGUAGGAAAUCAUUGGAUAAUAAAUCAAAUAUAGAUUUGUUUGUAAGUCUUAAGAUAUCAAGCAAUGGUCUCUUACAUCUAAUAAAGUCAAUGAGACAAAACAGUUUGGUUGAUAUGACUCUACUUAGAGAAAAACAUAUUAGUGUUAAAGAUCCAUGGUUUCCGCGACAUAUUAGUGAAUUGGAUCAGUGCACUCAUAUUAUUGCUAAAUAUGAACCAGAUUUGGAUAGCGAUCAUCCGGGAUUUCUAGAUAAAACUUAUAGAGAAAGAAGAAAACAGAUCGCAGACAUUGCUUUUAAUUAUAAAUAUGGAGAAGCAAUACCUCGAGUGACAUAUACUGAGAGCGAAAUAAAAACCUGGGGAGAAGUGUAUAAAGAAUUGAGACGUUUGUUUGAAUCUCAUGCGUGUCAGACACACGUCGAUGUGUUGAAACUUCUUGAGAAAGAAUGUGGUUAUGCGGCCGACAAUAUUCCUCAACUACAAGACAUCUCAUUAUUUCUUAAAAGACGAACAGGAUUUACAUUACGUCCGGCUGCAGGACUGUUAACCGCUCGCGACUUUUUGGCGAGUCUUGCGUUUCGCGUGUUUCAGACGACACAAUAUUUAAGACAUGAGUCUAAUCCACACCAUUCACCGGAACCUGAUUGCAUACAUGAGCUAAUAGGUCACGUUCCUAUAUUGGCCGAUCCUACAUUUGCCCAAUUCUCGCAAGAUAUAGGUUUGUCCUCUUUGGGCGCAUCCGACGAGGAAAUUGAAAAAUUUGCGACAUUGUAUUGGUUUACUGUUGAAUUUGGUUUGUGCAAAGAAAAUGGCGAAAUUAAGGCAUACGGUGCCGGACUUUUGUCAUCUUAUGGUGAACUUAAGCAUUCGUUGUCAGACAAACCAGAGUUAAGAUCAUUUGAACCGCAGAAGACAGCCGUUCAGCCGUAUCAAGACGUUGACUAUCAAGACAUCUAUUAUGUGGCCGAAAGCUUUGCAGAUGCAAAGGAUAAGUUUAAACAUUACGUUCAGACCAAACUGGCCCGACGUUAUGAAAUACGUUACGAUGCGUUCACCGAUUCCGUACAUAUUAUUGACUCAAUCAACAAAUUACAAGAAUUUGGACAAAAAAUUAAAGCCGAUGUUAAUUGUUUGAAUACAGCUAUUAUCAGAAUUGGCGACAAUUAA